UCUGAAGUUACCACAACAGGAAGCGUCACUGUGCUAAAAACAGUGGAGUAGGAAAAGUGCAACAAAACGCUGUCGAACACGAAGCUGCAGGAAAUGUUUCCUUUUAAGAAAAUGUGUUAAUUUGUGAAAUAAUAUUUGUUAUAAUCCACAACUUGUCUUCAUUUGAUCGUCAUCCAUCUUGAGAACUGUCGCAUUUGCGUCACUAGCAGCCCUCGAUAGGUUGUGUUGACCAAAAUGGAUGACAGCAAGAUGGUGGGAGGCAAAGUCAAGAAACCCGGUAAACGAGGCCGUAAACCCGCUAAGAUUGAUCUGAAAGCGAAGUUGGAGAGGAGCAGGCAGAGCGCCCGGGAGUGCCGAGCCAGGAAGAAGCUCCGGUAUCAGUACCUGGAGGAACUCGUGUCCAGCAAGGAGAGGGCCAUCUGCGCCCUGAGGGAGGAGCUGGAGAUGUACAAGCAGUGGUGUACAGCCAUGGACCAGGGGAAGAUCCCGUCUGAGAUAAAGGCCCUACUGACAGGAGAUGAACAGAAGCCUCCUCAGAGCUCCUCCACCAAGAGCUCCAAGAACAGCAACCAGAGCUAAAUGUGUUGGGAGUGCCAGACCAGAACUAUUCUGACUGUCAGUUUGUUAGAGGUGGCAGCCCUGGGUUUUAUUCAUUAGGGAAAUUAUAUCAAACGUUGUGCAACAGAAAACAGGGUGUUCAUAUAAUACCUACCCCCUUUCUCCAUCCUGUUUGUUGCCCUGGUGAAUACGACCCAGAGCGAGUCUGUCUGAUGAAAGGUUCCAGGCCAGAGCUAGGCAGUAGGUACUCGGUCUGUCAUGCCAGACCGCUCCACUGUAUAAGGCCUCUGUGACGGAGAGUGAAGAGGUGUCUCACCGGUCUGUCUGUUUCAGCCCCUCUAGAGGAGAGACGCACUGCAACAGAACUGUCAGAGACACAUAUCAUUACUAACGCUGGAGGACCUUCAGAGUAAUAGCUCGUAUUAUUUACAGUUGUAAUCCACAUCACUGGCCUGAUUUAUCAUGCGUGGUUCACUAUUGCAACGCUUGGAUUCGUUAAUGUUAGUAAUGUGAGAUGUUAUUAGUUGCAGCUAUAGACGCCUUUAGACAGCCUGUAUUAUUGAACAGUUCAUUUGAAUUUCCUCUUGAUGUUUUAGCUUCUACGUGAGGAAGCGUUUUAAUGGUACAUGGAUGAAACCAGGACAGAAGAAGUGAAAGGGUUUAGGCUGUGCAUGUCCUACCUGGCCUAGACAUUCAGACAAAACAAAAGCACCUUCAAAUAAGUAAUUACUCUUUGACCUUUUAUUGGUUAGUUUGUGUUGGGAAAGGAGCAGAACUAUGGUAACAUCCCAAAUGCCACUCCAUUCCCUAAAUAGAGCCCUGGUCUAAAGUAGUGCACUAUAUAGGGAAUAGGGCUCUGGUCUAAAGUAGUGCACUAUAUAGGGAAUAGGGCCCUGGUCUAAAGUAGUGCACUAUAUAGGGAAUAGGGCCCUGGUCUAAAGUAGUGCACUAUAUAGGGAAUAGGGCCCUGGUCUAAAGUAGUGCACUAUAUAGGGAAUAGGGCUCUGGUCUAAAGUAGUGCACUAUAUAGGGAAUAGGGCAGCAUUGGGGACAUGUAUAUCUUGUCAUAGCAGAAAAGAUGUCAUGUAUCUGCAGAGAUGAUGAUGUAAUGAUAUACAGCACUGUAUGUUGAAUUGAUUUAUAUAUUUAUAUUGGAUCACAGAAAGGCCCUUUUUUCUUGGUUUUGUAGUGUGAUGUUAUAGAAGGUCUGACAGACAAAGGAAAGAUCUUUCCCAUUACGUAGAGAUGUUCAAGUCUCUUUGUUUGUGUGAAAGGCUAGAAUGGGGACACGUCCUUACCAGAACAGAAGCUGCUGAGGCAUUGCUCCAACUAUGUUGUCUUUCAGUGACGUUACAUUGUAUCAUGUGGUAUCUAAUCGAGGCCUAGACGACUCAUGUUCUUUCACCAUAAUGCAACCAAAAUAUAGUAGCCUGUACCUGUUUUGGUUUACAAAUGAUGUUUCUAUUGUCCUAAGGAAAUUAAAUAAGGACUCAUUAAUAGACA